GUGACUAAAAAAAGCAAAGGAACUAUUGCACCCUUAUUAAGCCCAAGCCCAAUUGGCCUGCUACAAUAACCCGCUACAGUAACAAAAGGUGCAGUGACCAAUUUCAACUAUUGUUACAGUGACCAGUGACACAUACAAUCAGUGACAAUGACAUGUAUGCCCAAUGACAGUUACACGUCAGCCCGUCGAGUGAUUCGUUUGGGACAUUUUAAAACAUUUAGGGAUUCUAAUAGACUUUUCUGUACAUACAUGGACUUCAUUAUAACAUUUUGGGACUUUUUGGGACAUCAAACAUUUUGGGAUUCUAAAACAGUUCGUCUCCCCUGAAUCGUCCUUCAAGAUGAAUUGCAGACCAUCUGGGGUGGGUACAUUUGAUUUUCGUUUCCAAUGAGAGUCCGUUUCCCAAGUGAAGAUUCGCUCCUUCGGCCGUGCCAAUCAAGAUUCCGCUCACGGCAGCCUCUUUCGGAUCCGGAAGCCGAGCCUUUGGAUCCCUAGCCCGUGCCUCGUUCUUCCUCGCGCCAGAGCUUGCUCUGCACGAUCGGAGUUUUUUCUACACUAGAUCUGCUCGCGUCCAACUUCCCCACCGGACCAGAGAAAUUACUCGGAAACGACGACAAGAGAUGUUCUUGAUUUCCCAAGCUCCUUCUUCACGUCUCAGGCUCUUCAUCGCGUCUCGUAGGUGGAUUUCAAACCUCACGUAUGGGGUGAGAUUUGAGAAUGAGCUUUCAGCUUGUAUUUGGGCUUGUAAGUCUGAGAAAGUCCAAGUUCUAAAAUAAAAUUCAUGUCUCAAUCCAAUAUGAAUCACCUAGACAUUUUGGGAUUUAUAAAAUGUUUUAAAAUGUCUUACUCCCUCCGUUCCAGGGAGAAGUUCCCGGGUUGACUUUCACACAUAUUUAGGAAAUAAAGUUACUGAGGGGUAAAUUUUACUGUUUGACACUGUUUCGACACUGUUUGGCACUGUUUCGACACUAUUUGGCACUGUUUUGCACUGUUUGACACUGUUUUGAUGUAGGAUAACUUUCCAUUUAGGGAAAUGGGAACUUUUUGUUGGGACUACCAAAAAAGGAAAGUGGGAACUUCUCCCUGGGACGGAGGAAGUAUUUAAAUACAUCAGAUUUAAAAAAUCUUAAAAUGUCAUAGGGUUGGUUUGCGAACGCUUUAAGGUGUGGUUUGCAACAACUUUUAAUAAAGCACUUCUCAGCUUUUGACUUUAAAAAAACACUUAUUUUCCCAAACACUACAACUUUUAUUUUUCUCGGCUUCCGCGUAAAAAGUGCUUUUACUUUUUCUAUUACACAAAAAACACUUAUUUUACCAAACACUACCCACUUUUACUUUUCAAAAUCACUUUUUUCUCAAACACUAUCAACUUUUAUUUAAUCACUUCUCCCCAUUUCAUUAAAAAAAGCACUUUUUUAAAAGUAGAAACUGAUGAAAACAAACCCUAAAAAAGCACUUCUCGACUUUUGGCUUUAAAAAAGUACUUCUUUUACCAAACACUACAACUUUUAUUUUUUUCGGCUUUCGUGUAAAAAGUGCUUUUAUUUUUCUAUUACACAAAAAACACUUAUUUUACCAAACACUACCAACUUUUACUUUUCAAAAUUACUUUUUCUCAAAUACUUUCCACUUUUAUUUAGGGCUGGUUUGCAACAGCUUUAAAAAAAGCACAUUAAAAAAAGUGCUUUUUUAUAGCAGAAGCUAUUGCAAACACUCCCUUAAUCACUUCUUCCCAUUUCAUUAAAAAAACACUUUUUUAAAACCAGAAGUUGUUGCAAAUAGACCCUUAAAAUGUCUAAAAUGAAUACUCUCCUUAAUCAAUUUGUUUAAACUAAUUUAUAAUUUAUAUAUGAGCUGUGUUUAGUACUGGCGGAAGCGGAAUAUCUUCAUCGUCGGAACUGGUUUAAGGUGAAAAACCCGCACUAAAAAUGGCGGAAGCGGAAUAUCCAAAUCGGAGCCCCGAAAUCCGAAAGGAUGGAAUCAAUGACAGGUGGGUGAUAUUCUCGCCAGCGAGAUCACGACGGCCGUCGGACUUCAAGGCCAAAUCGAAUCCUAACCCGAAUAACCAAUCGGGGUGCCCAUUCUGCAAGGGCCAUGAACACGAGUGUGCGCCGGAGAUAUUCCGCAUCCCGCCUGAUGCCACCUCCGAUUGGGGAAUCAGAGUUAUCCAGAACCUCUACCCGGCCGUCAACAGAGACUUGCAUUUCCAGGCUGAGAAUAAUCAUGAUUCAUUGCACGGCGUCGUUUCGAUACGCGGAUUCGGGUUUCACGAUGUGGUGAUUGAAUCUCCGGUUCACUCGGUUCAUCUUAGCGAUCUUUCACAGGCACGGAUUGGGGACGUUUUUCUGGCUUUCAAGACUAGGAUCGACCAGAUUCGCAUUAAUCAGUCCAUCAAAUAUGUCCAGGUCUUCAAAAAUCAUGGGGCAUCAGCCGGUGCAUCUAUGAGCCACUCUCACAGCCAGAUUAUUGCUCUUCCUAUUAUCCCUCCCACAGUUUCUGCUCGCCUCAGUAGUAUGAAGGAGUAUUUUCAGCAGUGUGGGACUUGUUCUCUCUGCAAUGUUCAUGCAGAUGACUUAAUAAUCACUAAGUCAACCCAUUUCACGUCUGUGGUUCCAUUUGCUGCUACAUUCCCCUUUGAAAUAUGGAUAAUCCCUCGGAACCACUCUGUUUAUUUUCAUGACCUAGACAGAGAGAAGGCAUUUGAUCUGGCAGGGCAGUUGAAACUUGUGCUUUUGACAUUGUCCUCACAGCUGAAUAAUCCACCAUUCAACUUCAUGAUCCAUAGCUCCCCAUUCGAAGUUGAUCCUUCAUAUUUACCAAGUUGCCAUUGGUAUCUCCAAAUAGUGCCCCAUUUAUCCGGGGUUGGGGGUUUUGAGUUAGGAACUGGAUGUUACAUAAAUCCUGUUUUCCCAGAGGAUGCAGCUAAAAUUUUGAGGGAAGCAAGUUUGGCAGUAGAGGUGACGAAAAUGAAAAUGGGAGGCUGACAUAUGCCCCAUUAUGGGAUAUCUAUUCUUCAUGAAAGCAAAGCUGGUGGAUAUGGAUUUCAGCUUCUGCAAAAUGUUUCUUGAGCUGUGGUGGAUGUUUAUGAAGUUUGCUAGUGCUCAUUGGGCUUCUUCAUAUUCAUACUUGCUUGAUUACCCCAUUGGUUUUAAUGUCGAUAUAGUAUUGAAGGGCUAACAUUCAAUGUAAAAUUCCAACCUUAGAUCUCAUCCAAACACUAUCCUUCUUUUUUAAACCUUGCAGAGCUGCCUGGGUUUGAACUUUGAAGGGCCACUGAAGGUUUACCCGGGGUUUAACUUUAAGGCUGGCGAUGGGAUUACUCGGGGCAAAAGGUCCAGGGGACACUUGUUUGUUAUAAAAACAACUUUGUAUGUCACAAUUUUGUGUAAAUCAUGUGUCUUUCAUAAUAACCUCAAAGAGAUAAUUUUAUCAAUAAAGUGAUACUCCAUCAAAUCAUAGUCCC